ACCAGAGUCUCCUGCACGUAUGCCAAGUGCGGCAAGCAGUUCCCCAGCAAAAGAGACAUGGACAUUCACAAGAUCACCGAGCACGAGUACUGCGAGCGGUGCGACGAAGAUUUCCCGGAUGAAGAACGCUUACUUAUCCACAAAAUCAUCAGCGUCAAGCACAUCGUGUGUCCCGUCUGCGGUCUGGAAUUUCGUAGCUCGGGUGGCCGGGACGUCCACAUUCGUCAGAACCAUCGAGCAGAACAGACCAUCGACUGUCGCGGCUGCACCAUGAGUUUCAAAUCCGCUAGCGCCCUGAUGCAGCACAUCGAGAGCAACGGCUGUCGCAGAAUCCCACGGGCUCGCCUGCUCCAGCAGCAGGAGACCCGUCUGAUGAUCGCCGAGAUCCUGGACGGUGACCGGCCCAUCCGGCCCGAGGAUCUCGACAACGACGACGGUGGUGUCAUGCUGAAUGGGACUCCGCUGAAGUCCCCCGUCAGCCCUAGAAGAAGUCCAAGAAACAAAACCCCCGACGCGAAGUCACCCACCAGCGCCAAUCCCAGCCCCAGUGCAGGAACAUCGGUGAUGAACUCUCCCUGCCCGCUGCACCAGCAGCAGCAACAAAGUAUCCCGUCCUCCCCCUCCAACAAGACCGAGAAGAGCAUGGCGACCGCGAUCCUCUUCGGCAAGCCGGUCGCCUCGGCCGGGGAGAUCCUUCGCGAGAUCACCCCGGGCUGGGACUCGAGCAAGUUCCUGAACAUGUGUCGUACGCGUUACGUGUGCCACUGCCGCGUGAGCUACAAGCGGGUGGAGGAUUUCGAGACGCAUGUCAUCGAGGAGAUGCGCGAUAGGAAACCACUGGGAUGCCCCCGAUGCUUCCGCAACUUCAAACGCUCGUCGGACCUGGUCGCGCACAUGGAGACCGGGAGCAAUCGCUGCAGCGUGGCCUCCGGGUCCGCCUACCACCAGGUUCUGGAUCAGUUGACCGGCGGGGUGGUCCGCGUCGCCGGCACGCUCCAGGAUGGCACUAUCAAUUAUGAAGCCGGCAACGUGGAACCGCUGUACGAGCCGGACAACGAGACCACUCUUGCUGGUAUCGAUACGAGCUACACGUUCAGAAGCCCCGUCUGGUGA